CAAGAAGAAGAAGAAGAAGAAGAAGAAGAACAACAAGAAGAAGAAGAACAACAAGAACAACAAGAACAACAACGCCAGCUGCCGUUAAUACUCGAAGAAGAAGAAGCAGAAACAAGAAGCUAACUGCAGCUGCUGAUAUUUGCUUACCAUUUUAGCAACUUUAAGGAUGUGCUUUCUGCUCUUAAAGUUAGACUUUGCAACAAUUCAAACUAAGUUGAUGCUUAAUUUCAAGUGACGCAUUUGAAGUGGCGUUGUUGUAGUUUGGUUUAAUGCUGUCCGAGUGUUUGCUAGGUUAGUUAACUUAGCUUAGCUUAGCGGGUAACGCUAGCUAAGUUAACAAGGCAAGUUAAAGUUAACUACAAGGCUUGAUAGACACUGACAGCAUCACUUCCAACUGAUGGAGGCUUCUUUGGGAUCUCUGCAGAAUCCUGACCUCAGCUCUGUCCUGUCAUCAUGUGAGCCAGAGCUUCAGGAGCUGAUGAGACAGAUUGACAUCAUGAUCAAUCAUCAGAAGAGGGAGUGGGAGGCUGAGAUUCAGGCCAUGGAGCUCAGGCUGAAAAGUGGGAAAAAGGAGCUGUUGACUUCCAGGAAUCUCAUUGAACGGAGGGACCUGGAGAUCGGAAUGCUCCGCAAGCAGCUAGAAGAAGUCCAGCCUGGUCGACAAGAGUUAGUUACCAAAUACGAGCAGCAGCUGCAGAAAGUCCGGGAAGAGUUAGAUAAAUUAAAGAGAAGUUAUCUGAAGCUUCAGCGUAAACAGCUCAAGGAGACCAGUGGAGGAGCAAAUCCUAAAGAGGCAGAACGCUCAGAGGAACAUCAGCAGCACUCUUCAGAGUGGGAGCAGCAGUGCAUCCAGAACCAAAAACAACUGGCAGCACUGGAGGCCCAACAUAAGAGCCUGACUGAUGAACUCACACACAUGAAAUCCCAGCGGGCGUUGUGGCAAAAGGAGAGGGAGCAGGAGGUGCAGCAUCUGCAUACGCAGCUGGAGAAGGCUCGGGGCAGCAUGCACUCUCAGGAGCUGGAACUGGAACACCUCCGACCUCUGGAGAUGUGGGUGGGACACUACCAGAGAGAGCAGCAGGUUAGCACAACGGUCCUUUCAGAGGAGAGGGAUGAACCCCACCUCACGCUGGACUCCCAGGAUACAUUUGUACAAAGAGCCAGUCUCGAACGCCAAAGGCUUCGCAACGAAGCUGCCAGACUCAACCAAUCACUGCGAGCUAAAGACCAAGUCAUUCGCUCUCUGGAGGACUGCCUGGCAGCUCAGGGCUGUGCUGGUGUGGAAACCCUCAGACUAGAUCUAGAGAAGACUGCAACCAGGCUUCACUGUGCUGAAGCAUGUGAGGCUCAUCUCAAGGUUGAACUGGCAUGUCUCAAAGAGAGACUGGAGAAGGUGAGCCGACGGAGAGCCGAGGCCCAAUGCGAUUCCUCUGUUGCUGAAAUGAAAAGGCUUAGGGAAGAGCUUCAAAGGGCCAGGCAGACCCACAGCGGCGAGGUGGAGGGAAUGAGGAAGGAAGUGUCCAAGCUAACCGCUGAGCUGCACCAACGUGACGUCAUUGUCAGCACACUGCAAGGUUCUUCAUCCAGCGUCCAGCAGCAGCUCCGUGGCGAGGUGGAGCGAGCAGAGCAGAAGGCAGCUGAGCUUAAAAUGACUCAGGCACAGCUGGAGACUCUGCAGACUGAGAACCAGCAUCUGAAGGAUCUGCUGCAGAAGCUGGAGUCAAAGUCACCUAAGAGGGGGGAUUCCUCGCUGGCAUCCCUGAGGGAGAGUUACAUGUCGUCUCUGAGCAGCCUGGAACAAGAGAAUCGCCAGCUACGGCAAGCGAUCGCUGAGAUGCACGCCCGACUCGAGGCCUCCAACCGGACCUGUCACGACAGAUAUGAACAAGCUCUGCUGAGCCACGCCACACCUGACCAACCACAGCCUGCUCAGGACAGCAGUGAAGAUACUGGACAUCGCAAACACAGGGAGGAGAAGAUGCCGAGAGAGUCAAACACACCCUCUCCCUCUCCCUCUCCAAUGGAGCCUCCGUCAGCGUCACCUGCGGACAGCAUGGUCUCUCGUUUCCUGGAUGAAGAGAGCUUUCUGGCCAAGAAGCUGGUCCAGAGACUGGACACCCACAUCCAGGGUAUGAGAGACAGCAACACGGAGAUAGCCUCCAAGUACCUGCCAAGUGGCUCAGGCCCAGAGUCUGCCCAGACUUCAGCAAACAAUGGCUAGCGAUGAGAAUAAAUCUGAAAAAAGUGCCUUGAACAACA